AUGGCGGAGGUGAGCGCGAGCAGCGGCAGCAGUGACUCUUCCAGCACGGCGGAGGAGGAGCGCGUUAGGCGGCUAUUUCAGACGUGUGACGGGGACGGCGACGGGUUCAUUAACCGGAAUGAUCUGUUGAUGGUGUGUCGUCAGUUAAAUAUGGAAGACUCUGUCGCUGAGAUUAUGGGUCAGCUUGGCGCAGAUGAGCGAGGAAAGAUUUCCUUUGAAGACUUCACACGCUGUCGUAUGCAGCUGGUCAACGAGAUCCUCAAGGAAGAAAUACAACUAUCGCUCGUCUCGAGCGACUCGGACAAGAAGAAACUUCAGGAACGCAUCGCCUCCCUGCCAACCAGCAGUGAGAAUAGUUUAGGCGCUCGAGAGAGUUGGGAAUACGACUCUGGAGCGCGAGACUUGCAGAGUCCAGAUCCACAGUCAACAGCGAAACAUCAGCAGAACUCGCCGCUGCUCAACAAACUUCUAGAUCAAGCCAAACUUCUGGAUCCUUCAGCUGGACUGCACAAGCUCCUGUCUCCACCUCCUGUCACCUGCGGCACAUUGGGCGGAAGUUACCUGGAAUUGGCCAAUACCCUGCAUCUGGCUGCGCUGGCAUCUCUGAAGGGAGACGUGCUGGAACUGAAACAGCGACUGCUGCAGACAGAGAGAGAGAGAGACACGCUGGAGAAGAGACUGACAAAAGCACAGGUCACUAUACACACACUCUCUCACACACACACACACACACACACUCACUCACUCACUCACACACUCUCUCACUCACACACACAUACACACUCACAAACACACUCUCUCACACACACACACACACACACACAAACACACUCUCUCACUCACACACACACACACUCACUCACUCACUCACUCACACACUCUCUCACUCACACACACACACACACACUCACUCACUCACACACUCUCUCACUCACACACACAUACACACUCACAAACACACUCACUCACACACACACACACACAUACACACACACACACACACUCACUCACUCACACACUCUCUCACUCACACACACACACCUCAGGGAGGAGGAUGAGUUUUCAGAGUUGCGCUCUGAUCUCAGUCAAAGUCAACAGGAAGUUAAUGAGGAUGGACGGAGUGUUGAUCAGGACCCCGACCAGGCAUCUGUGUCACUGCCUGAAAACCAGUCCACACUGGUCACUGCAGACAUGGAUACCUGCAGUGACCUGAACUCGGAGCUGCAGCGGGUUCUCACGGGGUUGGAGAGCGUCUUGUGCGGCCGUAAGAAGAGCACGUGUAGUCUGUCUGUGGCCGAGGUGGACAGACACAUCGAGCAGCUGACCACCGCCAGCGAACACUGUGAUCUGGCCAUCAAGACGGUGGAGGAAAUCGAGGGCGCCCUGGGUCGUGAUUUUUACCCCAGUCUGUGUGAGGAGCGCGUGCGCUGGGAGAAGGAGCUCACUGGACUUCGGGAGGAGAACGAGAGUUUGGCAGCGAUGUUGUGCAGUAAAGAAGAAGAUCUGAACCGCACCAAAGCCACCAUGAACGCCAUCAGAGAGGAGCGAGACCGUCUGCGCAGACGCGUGCGUGAGCUGCAAACGCGUCUUCAGAGCAUUCAGCCCGGCGGUCCGUCCAGUCCCGGCCGUCUGACCCCAGCGGGUCGACCCAUCAACCCCAGCACAGGAGAACUCAGUACCAGCAGCAGCAGCAACGACAUACCUGUCGCCAAGGUGGCGGAGCGAGUGAAGCUGUCUAAGACGCGAUCAGAGUCGUUAUCAGCAGAGAGAUCCAUCCUGGGCUCUGAAAUCAGCAGCAUCGGGGUAUCCAGUAAUGUGGCCGAACAUUUGGCUCAUUCUCUGCAGGACUGCUCUAAUAUCCAGGAGAUCUUCCAGACGCUGUACUCACACGGAUCUGCGAUCUCCGAGAGCAAGAUCAGAGAGUUUGAGGUGGAGACAGAACGACUCAACAGUCGUAUCGAGCACUUGAAGUCUCAGAACGAUUUGUUGACGAUCACGCUGGAGGAGUGUAAGAGUAACGCAGAGAGAAUGAGUAUGUUAGUGGGAAAAUAUGAAUCCAACGCCACCGCGCUCAGACUGGCCCUGCAGUACAGUGAGCAGUGUAUCGAGGCGUACGAGCUGCUGUUGGCUCUGUCCGAGAGUGAACAAGGUUUGGUUUUGGGUCAGUUCAGAGCUGCUGGAGUCACUGCUGUGGGUAAGACCAUAAACACACACACACACACUCACACACAGUCUGCUGCUCUCCUGGACUCAACAGCGCCCCUCUGUUUAUCCAAUGGAAAUCUGUGGUCAAAUAUGGUACUGCAACUAGCCCUCAUUGAGACCCAUUUUACUUUGCUUAUUUGUGUGUAUGUGUAUGUUUGGCUGUUUUGUAGCACCACCAGCUCUACGGCGAGCAGUUGCGACACAGAUUUCUCUAAAGAAGACGAGCAGCGUUUGAAGGAUUAUAUCCAGCAGUUGAAGAACGACCGCGCGGCUGUUAAACUGACGAUGCUGGAGUUGGAGAGCGUUCACAUUGACCCGCUCAGCUACGACGUGAAGCCACGCGGCGACUCUCAGAGACUCGACUUGGAGAACGCCGUGCUCAUGCAGGAGCUCAUGGCCAUGAAGGAGGAGAUGGCGGAGCUGAAGGCUCAGUUGUAUCUCUUGGAGAAGGAGAAGAAAGCUCUGGAGCUGAAGUUGAGCACACGUGAGGCUCAGGAACAAGCGUAUCUUGUUCAUAUCGAGCACCUGAAGUCUGAAGUGGAGGAACAUCAGGAACAGAGAAGAAGAUCCCUUAAUUCCAAUGGCAGCAGCGCCGGGGCCAAAGACAAGAGUGGCAAGGACUCCGGCGACUCUCCGGCGAUCAGUCUGUCUGAUCUGAGGAGUUUGAGUGACAGCGACCUCGCGGCUGAACUCACCAGCGCACUCAGGAGAGAGAAGAAGUUGAAAGGUCGUGUUCAGGAACUGGUCGCUGCGUUAGAAAGACUCACUAAGAGCAGUGAGGUCAGACAUCAGCAGUCGGCAGAGUUCGUUAAUGACCUCAAACGAGCAAACAGUAAUCUGGUGGCGGCGUACGAGAAGGCGAAAAAGAAGCAUCAGAAUAAACUGAAGAAGCUGGAGUCUCAGAUGAUGGCGAUGGUGGAGCGACACGAAACGCAGGUGCGAAUGCUCAAACAACGCAUCGCUUUACUGGAGGAGGAGAUGUCACGGCCGCACACCAAUGAGACAUCACUAUGAUACACACAGGUCUUUAAACACAAACACAUUUAGUUAGUCUGCGCUGCAGCUCAUCAGCGAUCAUCACUCACGAAAUGCCUCGCCAAAGACGAUUGGCUGAGAUCUGGAGAGCACAGCCAAUGAGAGGCCUCCACAAAAUCAGCAGUAGCCAAUAGCAGCCAUGCAGGACAGCGUUUCUAUGACAUACGACAAUCUUUCAGGACACAUGUGACGGACGCUGGAUGGACUAGACUUCUCUUACAAGUCAGAGUGACAGCUGUCAAUCAUGCAUCAGAGUCAGAAAUCCUGACGGAAGCAUUUAUAGAGACGGACUUGAUGAAGCUGUUUUUGUAAAGUGUAAUAUUUGUUACUAUAUUACAGUAUUCCGCUGCAAAUUCUUCCGAACGUUCUCCGAGCAAUCUAGUGAAAUGUGGACAAUCUCAAAUCUUCCUGAUUUAUGUGGAAUACUCGAUUAACGAUGAACAUUCUGUCAUCUUUUACUCACCCUCAUGUUGUUCCAAAGCCUGUAUGAAUUUCUUUCUUCUGUGGAACGCAAAGGGAGACGUUGAGUAGAAUGUUCACACUGCUGUUUUCCAUACAACGAAAGAGGCAAAUAUGACAACAAAAAAAAGCCCCAUUAAGUUGAUAGAGGUGGAUUAUCAGGUGUGAUUUUAAAAAUGUAAGUUUUUUUUUUUUUUUUUACAUGACGGUGCAUAAAAAUUAUUAAUUAUAUAAAGAAUAACAUGAUAAAAUGUCUCCGGACCGUAAUAGUUCUUCUAUCUGAGCUGUUCAAGCUUGUAGUACCACAUGUUUUCACCAGGGGGCAGUAAGAUUAAUUAUAUUAAAUAUAUUAAAACUUUUAAUCAUAUAUGUAUAUUAGUCAAAAUAUAUUGUAUAUAUAUAUUUGAGCUGUCGAUUGAUAAAAAUGUUAAUCAGAUUAAUUACACAAUUAAUCAUAUACAUAAAUAUUUGCUGAGAAUUCCCCUGAACAAUAGUUCAAUAUAUAAUGAUUAAAUAAUUAUAAAUAAAAUAGAUACAUUUAAAAAAAAAAUAAUGCAGGGGUCUGGGUAUCUCAGCGAGUAUCACACUGGAUUGUGCUGAGUGACUCCAGCCUGGUCUCCUUAGCAACCAAAUUGGCCCGGUUGCUAGGGAGGGUAGAGUCACAUG